AUGGGUGAUAAGCGUGGGCAAGUUGUAGCUGGUGGCAAUGGUCAAGGAAAUCGAUUAGAUCAAUUGAAUCGACCAAGUGAUGUGCUGAUCGACAAAGAGACUGAUGGUUUCAUUAUAUGUGAUGGAGACAAUCGACGAGUCGUACGAUGGUCUCGUCAUAGUAACACAACUCAAGGAGAAAUCCUCAUCAACAACACCCGUUGUUGGGGAUUGGCCAUGGAUCAUCAGAGAUAUCUUUACAUCUCUGACCUCGACAAACGUGAAGUAAGACGAUAUCAAAUAGGAGACAAGAAUGGAACUCUCGUGGCUGGUGGCAAUGGCAAAGGUGCUGGUGUCAAUCAACUCGAUGAGCCGACCUACAUCUUUGUCGAUCAACAACAGGCUGUCUACGUGUCGGAUGAUUACAAUCAUCGUGUGAUGAAAUGGAAUAAAGAUGCAAAAGAAGGAAUUGCCGUCGCUGGAAAUCAAAGCGAAGGAAAUGCUCUAACAAAAUUGUCGUAUCCUAAUGGACUCUUCGUCGAUACAUUGGGUACCAUCUAUGUGGCAGACACGAGGAAUCGUCGAGUGAUGCGUUGGGCUAAAGGAGCGAAACAAGGCACUGUCAUUGUGGGUGGAAAUGGUGGAGGAAAAGGAGCAAAUCAGCUCAACGAUCCCGUCGGUUUGUCCUUCGAUCGGCAUGGCAAUCUCUAUGUCGUCGAUUAUGGAAAUCAUCGUGUUCAACGCUUUUUAAUCGAAUAG